CCGGACAGGUGGACGAGGACCAGCCGAGCCAGCACACAACGUACUGCAUACCGGCGCUGCGUACCUAUCCGAGCACAGACACAAAAACACCGUGUGUUUGAGAGAGACAGGCAUGAUGUUUACGGGAAGGAGGGCAGCGCAGGUGGCAGUGCUUGUCGCUACGCAGGCAUGGCGCGGGGAUACGGAAUGCGCGUUCAGGUUAGACGGAUAUCUGGACAUCAACCAACCGCUCACGCUGAUCGCGCCAUACGUGGACCCGGGCAGCGGCUACAGGCUCAUCAACCCCUACAACCCUAUCGUGUACCUAGUGAACGAACACGUCUACAGCCGAUACCCGGUGAACUGCAGCGUUGACUCCUGGCGAUAUCUGCUUGAUAACAAUGUGACGUACGCGACCAAUGUCACCUUCCCCGAUGCGAACGCUACAGAGAACGCUACGGAGGUGUCGGUCCCGGGGCUUUUCGCGGCCGAAUCCCACGAGCUCUUCAUCGACUCGUACUCGGCGGACAAGGCGGUGGCUAUCUCGGACUCGCUGUUCGGCCGGACGAUAGAGGUCGCGCUCUCGUGCGACCAGGUGCAGACGGUGACGGUGGAGGACUCGUGCUUGCAGUUCAAGCUAAAUUUCACCAAUGGCAGUCCCGAGGUUGACAAGGAGCUGCUUGAGAGCGCCCUUUACCGCUUCGAAGAGCCGGCGGUGCCGGGUGUCGUGCUGCCCCUCGCCGGCGCCUACUCUCCGGGAGACGUCUGGCUCAACGAGGGCAACCCGAUCGUAAACAUCGACGGGAGUGUAACCGACGAAGGCUGUAACGGGGAAGUGUCGGAGUACUUGGGAGAAGACGGAGAGUGGUACUACUAUUACACGGGCAGCGACGGCAAUACCUAUAACAUGACGCACGUCUUCUACGCCACGGAGCAGGACCACCUUAACAUCGCAAAGAUCCAGGCGCCCUGGAGCCCCAACCUUGAGCGCGCCCUGUUCAACCGAACGGUACGGAUGUCGAUCUACUGCAACAACAUCAACGAGCGAGAAGACGGUUACAUUCUCUUCAAGGUGGGGGACGGCAACGGCUACUUCGACAUCAACGCCGCGGAUUACCAGGCCAUCCUGACGGACAGCGGGUCCUCCGCCUUCGCCACGCCCUGGGGAGGGGGCGCGGCCGGCCGCGGCUGGCUCUCCUCGGCGUUUACGUUUGUCGUCGUGGGAGCGCUGACCGCGUGGGUCGGAAAGCUAUCGGGAAGCUCCUAGAGUGUGGUUGACUUUUGCGACCUCUUUCCUGGGACCGCCUUGGUCGCGGGGCUCGGGAGGGAGGGCGGGCGGGCGGGCUGAAUAGUUUGACGAUGGGGAUUUUUACUUGCUAGGCAAGCGUUAUGGCGUCUGUGAACGGAAGCAUGUAGGGGGGGGUCUGCGGCUUUGACGGAGAGGGGGGGGGAAUGGUAUCCGGCUCUCGACCUCGGAAGAGAGAGUGUCACACCCCCUGGGGUUUUGUGCCAUCACUCUAUUGCUCCCGCGUCACCUACACACCCCAUGCGCGCGGAAUACGGGUUAUUCGCCUCUUGCUGGGGGUACACAACCCUGCCACUUGGACGGAGGCUUGUGUCGAUAUUUCAAGAAGAGGAGGAGGGAGCGUGAGACACCUCGAUCUUGGAAGGAGACGGAGGGGGCGACACGGCCACCCUUGCCCAUGGCGGAUUUACCGCCCAGCGUAAUGAAGGAGAUGACAUCAUUUGGGUGUGUUGUGCUUCGCUCCUGCGUGUGUCAAACCGGCCGUCCUGCUGCGCCGACUCAGAACGCCGGUAGUCUGUAACUCGUUAUGGUGUGGGUAGUUGCGGUAGGUACCUUGUUACAGUUGAUGAUUUUUGUCGUUUAUCUCUUGUAUAAGUACACUGGAAAAGAGGGAGGGCACCAUCGGCAGUGUUCUCGUCUCUUGUACGAGUACUAAAAAGAGGGAGGGGAGGGGAGGGCAUGGGCAGUGUAGUAGCCUUGGCGACUAUGUUGCAGUGCAGGAGGGGCCCCGCGCCGUGUUUUGAGAGACACCCGAUCCGUUUACACGAUGGAUAGGCGCUCUCUUGUUUUGGUCUUUAUCUCCGUUGCUCCCCUCCCCUUGUGCGGCGCCGUUAUGCUUGUACUAUCAGCUAAUUUGAUCCCUCUUUCGUCUAUUGUCUUGAGAAUAGUUUGUUGCCGGUGUUGAACUUAUCCUGUCUCGUCUGGUCUGUGUACGUAUCGUAUUUUGGUUGGAUGUGCAGGGAAUGUGACGUCUACACCUUUUUGCAAGCACACAAUGGUAGAGAUCCGUUUUGCGGUGUGGUCGUAUCAGCUAUCCCUCUCCUCCCGCCCCCCGCCCCCCCCUACCCCACCGCCGCCGCCGGCCGAAUUUGUGUAGAGCAUGGUGCGUGGUUGGAUUUUGGGUUUUUCUCUGCGGGGUUAUUGCCCGCCGAGGCUCUUGGGCCAAAGGACGAGAGGGCCGGGUGAGGGAUGAUGUGUUCGGCCUCUGUCUUGCCGUGCGGCAACUGAUGGCCAAACACCCAUGAGCGCGGUGAGAGCGCUGUCCGUUCAUUCCGUUCACGUUGCCCAGGACACCGGCCGUUUUGUGUGCGUGACACAUGGCGAACUUUUUGUUUCAGGAACGAGAAUGCCCUCGUGAUGGUUCCGGUGGUGGGCGCGCCGCAGUGGAUGCCACGGAGUGCAUGGGGCGGGGGAGUAGCAAGCACUGCUGUCAGUGCACAUUUCCCGUGAAGUUUCCCGCGACAAGUUUUGCCAAGAGUAUUUUUUUUGAGCGUGUAGAAUGAGGAAAGGGAGUGUGGUGACGUUUUAGGUUCCGCAUGUGAAACGAAAAAAUGUGGAGUAGCCAGAGGGAGGGGGGGUAGGGGAUAGGCUUAACGCUUGUUUGCGCUGUUGUUUACCAUCCUUCAACCGUUUGUUUGGUGAUGGUAGUGGUAGGAUUGUGUGCCUCAUUGAUGUGUAGUCCUUCUCCUUUCGCGCCGCUGCUGUUGUUAUUAGUGUAGAGCUACAACGUUUGGUCCAGGCUAGGAGUAGUUUUUUACGGGGUUGGUCGAGCCGCCCGCGUGCCGACCAGUAGGUGUCCACUCGAUCACGUGCGCGCUCUCGCCUCGUGUAUUGUUGUAAAGCCUUGCCACGCAGCACCGAUAGUAGACCGACUCAUUGCCAGAUUGCUCAGAGAGACGGAUGGUGAAUGAUCGCAACGUAUCAAUCGGGCCACCUUGACGGUGGCUUGGGCGUUGCGUGCAUUCUUUCGAGGUUCUUUCCCUUUUGCCGUCUUCGUGGUGCUCAGUGGAUUGCUCCUGUUGUUUCUUGUGCCUCCUGCCCUCGCUCUUGUACGAGCUGCUGUUAUCGUCGACCACUUUGUUUAGCUUCUUGAAUAUUUUAUGCAAUUCGAUAAUCUUUCUUGUUGUCAUUAUCUUGGGUUUGUUUGUGUUCUAUCAUAGCGACAAAUUCGUCGUGGAUUCGUGUAACGGAGCGCAUGCUUUUUUGGAAGGUACAAUGAAAUGAAAUUCCGACGGAGGUACCUGUGUUGUAUCAAGAUUCCGAGCGUCUCACUUGGAGAGGCAAGGCCUCAAGUCUGAAGCCCUAACCCCUUUCGAACGUCUGCCGAAAGUGGCCCCCAUCCCGCCCAGGAUGUGGUGGAUAUCCUUGUCUUCCAAGGUGUAAUCGGGCUCGUUUCCUUGCGUAUGUCGUUGGUGCGGAUGCAUGGCUGGUA